AUGGCUGCAUUCUUUUUCUUUACGUGUAAACCAGACUGCGGGGAGACCAAAUCCACUCCUUCCUCCCAGGGACCUCGCUUCCUCCCCACGAAGGUGCGCGAGCUGGCUGGCGCCAGCCCCACGGCCCGGCCGAUCUGUCAGUCCCGCCCGUGCCGGACGGACGCCCCUGGCGCGCAUCCCCCCGACUCGCCUGGCCCAGGCCCCGGGCCCGCGCCCAACGCCUGCCGCCCGCCCGCCGGGCGGUGCCAGGGUUCCCGGGACAGACAAAGCGGCCCGGCCCCGCCAUGCCCCCGCGGGGCGGAAGGGGGGCGCUCCCCGGAGACCCCCGCUCUGCGGCCAGACCGAGGGAGCAGGGUCGGGGCCGCGGAAAAUGGCUGCGAAGGAACCAGUCCCAGCGCGGAGCUCCGCUUCCAGCACUCGGCCUCCCCUCCCUCCGCCACGAGCCGCUUCCCUCGGCGCGGCACCCUCCCUCCGCGCCUCCCGCGCGCUCUCCCGCCCGCCGCGGCCCCGCCCCGGCCCCGCCCCUGCCGAGGCCCCGCCCGGGGCCCCGGAGCCCCGCGGCCGCCCCUGCGCGAGCCUGCAGAGCGGGCCGUGGGCCACGCGCGGCGGGUCUGGAGGGGCAGCGGCCUGUUUGCCGUGCCGGGGCUUCCAAGGGCCGGGAUCCCGCGCGCUGCUAAGGUUCCUGCGGGCUUGCUUCCCACGGUCUUUCCCCAGGCCCCUGCGAAGCGUGAUUUCUCAGGUCUUCCUCUUUUUAAAGCCCCCUCCGUCCCCCACGUGGAAGUGUCUCACCCGCCUGAGUGCAGCUUGCCCGCGCCUCGAUUUUUUAAGAAGGGGAAACCAAGGGCAGAAGCCGCCAGCCAGGGCGACACCCGAGCUACUGGGUGGAUUUGA